CGUGGGCGGAGCUUCGAAGGGGCGGGCGCCCGUGGGGCGGGUCCUGAGUGAGGGCGGGGCCGGGGCCGGCACCUGGGUGAGGUCGCGCAGCCCCGCCCCCUUGCACUUCCGUGUGCCGCGGCGCCCGAGCAGGAGGCGGCGGCCGCAGGAUCCCGCGAGCCGCCCCUGGACAUCUACCCUCCGUGCCGGGACCCGGGUGGUCCCCCGUGGCCGCCAGGCCCGUCCUGAUCAGUCCGGUGCUGACCUCCCCGUCCACGCGCAUCGAGGAGAGCCGCGCCACGAGACAGACCCCGGCCCGCCGGGACCCCUGGCGCCUGGCCCUGCGUCGGGAGGCUUCACCAUGGCACCAUUCCUGCGCAUCUCCUUCAAUUCCUAUGAGCUGGGCUCCCUGCAGACAGAGGAUGAAAGCCAGCCUUUCUGUGCUGUGAAGAUGAAGGAGGCACUCAGCACAGAGCGAGGGAAGACUCUGGUACAGAAGAAGCCCACCAUGUAUCCCGAGUGGAAGUCGACAUUCGAUGCCCACAUCUACGAAGGCCGCGUCAUUCAGAUUGUGUUGAUGCGGGCCGCUGAAGACCCACUGUCUGAGGUGACCGUGGGUGUGUCGGUGUUGGCAGAGCGCUGUAAGAAGAACAAUGGCAAGGCUGAGUUCUGGCUGGACCUGCAGCCUCAGGCCAAGGUGCUGAUGUCUGUGCAGUAUUUCCUGGAGGAUGGGGAUUGCAAACAGUCUAUGCGUAGCGAGGAGGAGGCCAAGUUCCCAACCAUGAACCGCCGUGGAGCCAUUAAACAGGCCAAAAUCCACUACAUCAAGAACCAUGAGUUCAUCGCCACCUUCUUUGGGCAGCCCACCUUCUGCUCUGUGUGCAAAGAGUUUGUCUGGGGCCUCAACAAACAAGGCUACAAGUGCCGGCAAUGCAAUGCUGCCAUCCACAAGAAAUGCAUUGACAAGAUCAUCGGCCGCUGCACGGGCACUGCCGCCAAUAGCCGGGACACCAUCUUCCAGAAAGAACGCUUCAACAUUGACAUGCCACACCGGUUCAAGGUUUACAACUACAUGAGCCCCACUUUCUGUGACCACUGCGGCAGCUUGCUCUGGGGACUGGUAAAGCAGGGGUUAAAGUGUGAAGACUGUGGCAUGAAUGUGCACCACAAAUGCCGGGAGAAGGUGGCCAACCUGUGUGGCAUCAACCAGAAGCUCUUGGCUGAGGCCUUGAACCAAGUGACCCAGAGAUCUUUACGGAAGCUGGAUUCAGGAUCACCAGAAAAUGUUGGAAUAUAUCAGGGAUUCGAGAAGAAGACCGGAGUCUCUAAGGAUGAUGCCCCAGCCUACCCUUGGGACUCCAACAACAAUGGGACCUAUGGCAAGAUCUGGGAGGGGAGCACCAGGUGCAGGAUCGAUAACUUCACCUUCCACAAAGUGCUAGGCAAAGGCAGCUUUGGCAAGGUCCUGCUUGCAGAGCUCAAGGGCAAAGACCAAUACUUCGCAGUCAAGUGCCUGAAGAAGGACGUGGUGUUGAUCGAUGAUGAUGUGGAAUGCACCAUGGUAGAGAAGCGGGUGCUGGCGCUCGCCUGGGAGAAUCCUUUUCUCACCCACCUCAUCUGUACCUUCCAGACCAAGGACCACCUGUUCUUCGUGAUGGAGUUCCUCAAUGGGGGUGACCUGAUGUACCACAUUCAGGACAAAGGCCGCUUCGAACUCUACCGGGCUAUGUUUUAUGCUGCUGAGAUCAUCUGUGGGCUACAGUUUCUACAUAGCAAAGGCAUCAUUUACAGGGACCUCAAGCUGGACAAUGUGAUGCUGGACCGGGAUGGCCACAUCAAGAUAGCCGAUUUUGGGAUGUGCAAAGAGAAUAUAUUUGGAGAGAACCGGGCCAGCACCUUCUGUGGCACCCCUGACUACAUCGCCCCUGAGAUCUUGCAGGGCCUGAAGUACACAUUCUCUGUGGACUGGUGGUCCUUUGGGGUCCUCCUCUAUGAGAUGCUCAUUGGCCAGUCACCCUUCCAUGGUGAUGAUGAGGAUGAACUCUUUGAGUCCAUCCAAGUGGACACACCACACUAUCCCCGCUGGAUCACCAAAGAGUCCAAGGACAUUAUGGAAAAGCUGUUCGAGAGGGAGCCAGUGAAGAGGCUGGGCAUGACAGGAAACAUCAGGAUUCACCCCUUUUUCAAGACUAUCAAUUGGGCGCUGCUGGAGAAGCGGAAGGUGGAGCCGCCCUUCAAGCCCAAAGUGAAAUCCCCUGCAGACUACAGCAACUUUGACCAAGAGUUCCUGAGUGAGAAACCCCGCCUUUCCUACAGUGACAAGAACCUCAUCGACUCUAUGGACCAGGCAGCCUUCCAUGGCUUCUCCUUUGUAAAUCCCAAGUUUGAGCAACUCCUGGACAAGUGAGCUCCCAGACCUGCUUUACACGCCAGCAGAGCAGGCCAGUCUGCCCUGGUUCGCAUCCGCAUGCAUGCCCAUGGACAAGAGCGGGUGACUGGGUGAUUGCUGCUGCUGCCCUCGCACCCUCAGAGGGUUCAGCUCUUGUUGGCUGGGCUCACAGUACUCCCUCUGUGAACUGUUUGUGAAUUUCCUUUCCCUUUGCCAUCCUAGGGAAACUGUAAAUCCUGUGUUUCAUUACUUGAAUGUAGUUAUUGAAAUAUAUAUUAUAUAUAUGCACAUAUAUAUAAUAGGCUGUAUAUAUUGCUCAGUAAGCAUGUAGGGGACUGGUAACAUGUUGACCUUUUUAAAAAAAAAAUGUACAUAUAUAUAUGACCAAAAGGAAAAAAAAAAAAAGCACAAGCUGUCUGAACCACAAGGUUCUUUUAUGUGUGUCUAAAUAAACACUGAAUGGUACAAA